AAUAAGCGAAAAUAAACAAAAAUUAUGAGCAGUGUAAAUGAAAGAAUUGAAAAAUUAAAAAAUGAAACUAGAAAUUUGCGUAAAGAAGUUAAAGAUUUAAAAGAAAUAUUAAUGCAACAGAAUGAACUGAUUAUAAGUUUAUUGUCAAAACAAACUGGCAUGCUGGAUGAAAAUAUUGAAGCGGAACGGUCAGCAGUACCACUCGUUUACUAUGGCAAGAAAAUAUCUGAGUUCUCGAGACGAUUUCCUUUGGAGAAUGUUGACGAUUUGAAAAAAUUCGAAUUGGAGAUCAAUGAAGAAAAUAAAACUCAUAUUGUCAGUAUAAUCCAAAGCCUGCUGUCACCUCAGGGUCUUAUGAAAAAUGUCGUUAAUGUUUUGUCCGAUAGUAUAAUCAUGGAAUCGAAUGUGGAUGGACAUCACAGUAAAACAAGAUUAUUAAAUUUUCCCAAAACUAUAGAUGUUUUAUUUUUGGCCAGUCGAAAAGAUGACAAUUAUACUUCCAAAAUGUUUUUAGACGACUUAAGACGUUCCCUAAGAGUGGUUAAAAAUCGUUGUCAUAAAAACAAUUGUAGGGCUAGACAAAAACAAUUAUUACGAGAGGAACAAGAAAGGGAACAACAGGAGCAAAAUGAUGGCGAACAAAGUAUUCUUGUGAAAACGGAAGAAAUAUAUUUUGAUUAGUUGGUUAAUUAUGAAUUUAUUUUAUAUUUUUACUGGAAUUCAAGUUGAAAGCAAGUGUAAUUCAAGCCUUGUAUUAUAGUCAAGCAAUUGAAUUUGUGUUGAAUUACACUUUAUUUCAAUUAUUGAACAGACGAGGUCUGUUUAAAAACAAAAAACUAUUGCGAAUUGUUAAAAUUUUUUAUAUAUUUUCUGCAAAAACGGACAAAAUUAUAAACAAUUUGUAAUAAUUCGUAUUAGUUUUUAGUUACUGAAUGUAACUAAUGUAAAUUAAUGUAAAUAUUUGUACAAAAAAAUAGUUUUUUAAGUAACAAUUACGACGUUUAACGAAAA